AUGCCUUCCGAUCGAAAGACUACCGAGCCACCGCGCGUAUACGCGGUGGGAGACUUCAGUUGGAUGGAGGACGAGCGCUAUGGCGGCAAGAAGUCGCUGUGGAAGCGUGUAAAGGAAGAUCCGCUUGUGCCGCUAGGCUGUGCCCUGACCACAGCUGUGCUGCUUGGUGGCUUGGUAACAUUCCAGCGCGGACAGUCCAAACUGGGCAACAAGUUCAUGCAGGCGCGCGUCGUGGCACAGACAGCAACUCUUAUCGCGCUUGCGGGAGGCGCUGCAAUGGCUGCUGGGGAGAAGCAGGAGAAAAAGAAACAGAGCUACGAGGACCGCAUGGAGAUCAAGCUCCGAGAUGAAUAA